AUAGGAUCUCUUUGCGAUUAUUGUGUUCUUCGACCGGGGUAGAGCAGAUACAACACGAUACUGAACGAAAUUACUCAAGCUAGUCCUGCACGGGUCGAUAGAGUGUUCUUCAGGUCUGCCAUACGCUUUCUUGGACCAAUAGGAACUCUGUUGUGGAGUCGCUCGUCCUGGUUGCUUGAUUCUCGACCAUCGAACCUACGUCGCUCGUGACUAUAUCUUUAUCACACUUCGACGCCAUGACUCAGUAUCAGAAGCCUCCUCCGCCUGGAAUUAGACGAAUAUUAUGGGCUGUGAGGCUCAAGUUUGAAGCUAUGACGGCUAUUGCAAUGUUGGAAACUUGGGAAAAGCUGCUCGUAUACUGUCUCUUGUUCGGCCUCAUUUGCCUUUUCUGGUGGUCCUUCCUGCAUUACUCGCCGAGUCAUUACGCAUACUUGUCUCGCCGGUGCGCCUACUACAUCUGGGGCGACGAGUCAUUGAGUCCAGGACACGAAAUGCGUACAUGGAUAUGGAAUCAUCUGGGAGGCGCGACUGGUAGAGCCGCCGAGCCAGUAGCAGCUGUCGGCAAGGGAGUCAAGAUUGAUUUGUGAUGUAUAGAUUUGGAUCGAGGCGAGUCCAGUGGCAACAUGUAUAGUACCCAUCAUGCAUAGAUUCUCGCGAACGAGA